CGCGAGUCCCAUGGUACUCUCCCUCUUCGAUUCCACUGGUUCAUCCACUUCUUUUCUCCCCACACACUUCUCUUACUCUUUCAUUUCUCUCUCUCUCCUCUUACUUUCACAUUCACUCCUCGUUCAGCCUUUCGUCUCACGUUUCACCUCUCCUCUCCUCUCCUUUCCUCUUCUCUCCUCUCUGUUUCUCCUCCGCACAGACUCUUUCUCUCUUACUCGCCAAUAUCUCAUCCGGUCUCUUCCUCCGUCGCUGUAAGAACCGUGUCGCCGUUCCUGGUCGCAGAUCACCGGAUCAUUGAUCAGAGUCCUCCAAAUAGAGUUGCAGAAUAUCCCGGCCUCUCACCAUGAUCAUCUAACAACUUCCCUUCCUCGCUGAUUCUUGCGCUUUGCUUGUCCAUCUAGUUGGACGAUCGUUGGGUCGGUGGGG